AUGAAUGCUACUUUUAUGAUGGCAUCCACUAAUCAAUCCUUCAAUAACUCAACCGAUGGCGCAGCAGCGGGAAUUACGUCUCUACCUGAGCGGGGUCAAGAUCUGAACCACAACAACAAAGAGGAGAAUUCUAGGUUGGAUGGCAAGAUAGAGCUAACGGAAUCUGCCGCAUACGAUAAAUUGGGCUACAGCUUUCCCAUCUGGUACAAAUGGAUGAUUCUCAGCGUGAUGUUCUCUAUCCAGAUAUCGAUGAACCUGAAUGCAAGUCUCUAUGCCAACGGGGUCUCGGAAAUAGCCAAAGAACACAACGUCAGUGAACAAGUCGCCAGAAUCCCACAACUGACUUUUCUUUGCGCUUAUGCCUUCGGGUGUCUGGUUUGGGCACCAUGGAGUGAGGAGCUCGGACGAUGGCCGACGCAGCAACUCAGUCUGUUCCUGGUUAACAUAUGGCAAUUUCCUUGUGCAUUUGCUCCCAACUUUGCAACCUACGUCGUGGUUCGCUUGCUUGGCGGAGUAAGUACAGCCGGUGGCUCGGUGACGCUGGGGGUUAUCGCGGAUAUGUGGGAGCCUGACGACCAGGAAUAUGCCGUUGCAUUUCUUGUGCUGUCAUCUGUCGGGGGCUCUGUCGUCGGUGCAGUCGUUGGAGGCUUUGUGGAAGCGCGUCAGCCGUUACGUUGGAUCUUUUGGGUUCAGCUCAUCGCUGGCGGCGCUGUUCAAAUCAUACACUUUAUUUUGGUACCGGAAACGCGAGCUACCAUCCUACUUGACAGAGAGGCAAAGAAGAGACGAAAGGCUGGACCAGGGGAAGUCAACAUUUGGGGACCUCAUGAGCUUCACGGUUUCUCGCUGUCUAUAAGAGACAUCUUGGUUGUAUGGAAGCGACCGUUCGUGAUGCUGUUGACUGAGCCUAUCGUCAUGUGGCUUUCGCUUAUGAGCGGUUUCAGUGACUCCCUUAUUUUUACCUUUCUUCAAGGGUUUCAACCAAUUUUUAAGCAGUGGGGUUUUGGGACAAUUCAGAUCAGUCUCGCUUUUAUACCAGGCGGCGAAGACAUGGCUCUGAAUCUGUUUCUCCAGAAGCACGGCUGUGGUGGUUACUUUAUGUAUUCGAUCUACCAAUCUUCAAUUGACUAUACUAUCGCUGCUUACGGAGAGUAUGCGGCAUCCGCUACAGCGGGCAACGACUUUGCACGCGAUUUUCUUGCUGGAAUUGCGGCCAUGUAUUCCACUCCGAUGUUCGAGAACAUUGGCAAUAGGUUCCCAUAUGAAUAUGCGUCAACAAUCUUGGCUUGCAUCUCCGUACUUGUCACGACCCCGAUCUACUUGUUCUACCGCAAUGGUCCCGCAAUUCGUGCACGAUCGCCAUUUGCAAAGAAAAUGAUGGAGCACACAAGACAGCGUCGGCUAUCUCAAAUGCCUCAUGCUGAGAAGACGGGAGGCCAAAAUACUCACCUCGAGGACGCCCGUUCAGAGGUCGAAUCUACCCAUUGA